AUGCCGAUUGCGAAUGGAGACAUCGCCAACGGCACCUCUGUUACCCGCAAAGGGGAGAAACUGGACUAUCGGAAAGCCCUCGAAGUUCUCGAUUCCGACUACGGCACUCGCGAUGGGCUCGACAUCAACUCCCUUCUGGACUCGAACAAAAAUGGUGCUCUGACUUAUAACGAUUUCCUGAUUCUGCCUGGAUAUAUUGGCUUCCCUGCGUCUGAGGUCACCCUCGAUUCGCCCAUCACCAAACGAAUCACCUUGAAAACUCCGCUUCUUUCCUCGCCCAUGGACACUGUCACUGAAGAUUCGAUGGCUAUCCAUAUGGCUUUGCUGGGCGGUCUCGGUAUCAUCCACCACAACUGCUCUGCUGAGGAGCAGGCCGAUAUGGUACGCAAAGUCAAGAGAUACGAAAACGGAUUCAUAUCCGACCCAAUUGUCCUCAGCCCGAAGACUACUGUUGGAGAGGCGAAAGAGCUGAAAGAGAAAUGGGGAUUUGGCGGGUUCCCUGUCACCGAAAACGGACAGCUCAAGUCUAAGCUUAUUGGCAUUAUUACCACACGCGAUAUCCAGUUCCACCCUUGUCCCGAUGACUUGGUCACGGAGGUCAUGUCGAAAGAUCUGAUUACUGCACCAGCUGGCACUACAUUGGCCGAGGCCAACGAUGUCCUCCGCAAGUCAAGGAAAGGUAAACUGCCCAUCGUCGACGCAAGCGGCAACCUAGUGUCCCUCCUUUCCCGGUCCGACCUUCUCAAGAACCUCAACUACCCUCUCGCCUCUAAACUACCCCUCUCAAAGCAGUUGCUUGCGGCUGCAGCAAUUGGUACUAGACCCGAGGAUAAGAUCCGACUGCAGAAGCUGGUUGAUGCCGGGCUGGAUAUCGUGGUUCUCGAUAGCAGCCAGGGUAACAGCAUGUAUCAGAUCGAUAUGGUCAAAUACAUCAAAGAAAAGUAUCCCCAACUUGACGUCAUUGCUGGAAAUGUGGUGACUCGGGAACAAGCCGCGAACCUUAUCGCUGCUGGUGCCGAUGGCCUGAGAAUUGGCAUGGGCAGUGGCAGUGCCUGCAUCACACAGGAGGUCAUGGCUGUGGGGCGACCUCAAGCUACAGCUGUCCAUGCCGUAUCGUCGUUUGCGGCCAAAUUCGGCGUGCCUUGUAUUGCCGACGGCGGUAUCCAGAAUGUUGGCCACAUCGUCAAGGGUAUCGCGAUGGGUGCCUCGACUGUCAUGAUGGGUGGUCUCCUUGCCGGUACCACUGAAUCCCCUGGCCAAUCUUACAUCAACCGCGAAGGUAAGCUGGUCAAAGCGUACCGAGGCAUGGGCAGCAUCGAUGCCAUGGAAGACAAGAAGGCCGGUGGUGGAGGCAAGAACUCCAAAGCCAGCAAUGCUGGAACAGCACGAUACUUUUCAGAGGGUGAUCGACUGUUGGUGGCGCAGGGCGUCUCGGGAGCUGUACUGGAUCGAGGCUCUGUCACCAAGUUCGUGCCUUACCUGCUCGCUGGUCUCCAACAUUCUCUUCAAGAUAUCGGUUGCAAGAGCCUGGCCGAGUUCCGCGACGAGGUAGCCAGUGGCAAAGUGCGGUUUGAGCUCCGGACAGUCAGUGCCCAAGCUGAAGGCAAUGUGCAUGGCUUGGACAGUUUCGAGAAGAAGCUCUACUCUUGA